CCAAAAAAAAAAAAAAAAAAAGCUCCCUCCCCCGCACAAUUUCCCUCCCAAAUUUCGUCUUCAACAAUCAAACUAAACGCCAUGGCGAUCUCACCUCGCUACCUCCUCCUCCUCUUCUUGAUAUCAACCUCUCCUUCUCUCAUCUCCGCUUCCAACCUCUCAGUAAUUUCUCAUCCUUCAAAGCUUCAGCUCCCCCCCGGGGACAGGAUCGAGGGAUCUCCGGGUUCUCGCCCGGGCUCUAUCGUCACCUGCAGCAGAGUCCACAUCCACGGCCUCUCUAGGCUUCGCGAUAUCGACAAGUACGCUCACUCCCUCAGAAUUAGGGUUUCCUUCGCCCAGGGAGAUCCGAGUUCUCGUGCCCAGACCGUCGAGCUCUGUUUACAUCGAAACGAGAGUAUUGGGGUUGGGAUGUGCCCUGAGACUCAAUGGCAGAAGCUGGCUAAGGGCUCUUGGGUUCAAGCAGUUCCGCCUUUUGGGAACAGGAUUAUUGACAUCAGAAUGCUGCCGGAUUCGUCGAGGUCCAUUGAGGUUUCUACUGAAUUAGAGUUCCUGCUCCAUCGACUCCUUUUCUUGGUGAUCGGGUUCAUUAUGAUGCUAUUGGCCCGCGUUCUUAGCGAGUCGGUCGUGUUCUAUUAUGGCAGCUUUAUGACGGUCGGAGUCAUCAUUGUGAUAUUGAUAGUUCUUUUUCAGGGCAUGAAACUUUUACCCACGGGUCGAAAAAGUUCCCUUGCAAUAGUUUUAUACUCCUCAAUUGUGGGUGUCGCGACGUUUGUUCUACAUUACUUGUCUGGACUGUUAAGAUCAAUACUUUUAGAGAUAGGAAUCAGCGAAGAUAUGCAUAAUCCUUUGGGCAUAUUUCUUUUAGUAUGCCUUGUCCUAGCCGGAGCUUGGUUUGGUUAUUGGGGUGUUCGCAAACUUGUUCUGACUGAUGAUGGAUUGGUGGAUUCUGAAGUGUCUUAUUUUGUGGAAUGGGCAAUUUUGAUUUUUGCUGCUGUUAUGAUUCUUCAGAGUUCUCUGGAUACUCUGCUGGCAGCAGAAGCUUUGAUUUUUGCUAUUGUGACAACAGCAGUAGCACGGAUACAUGGGAAAUGGAGGUUUUUUCGGCGCCUCUUCAAGGGAACAUGGAGGGGCGUUCAUGCAAUCCAAGAUAGAACUUCACCCAUGAGCUAUUUUUCUGACUACCCAUACCCUGUUCAGAAAUCAGGAUCUACGUUGCACAGGGCUCGAGCCAGAAGUUUAAAAUCAACUUCAUACAGUUUUCCUACUCAAGGUGUGAACAAGACCCCAGAAGUUCUAUCUGAACCAGGGACUUACUAUUCUACCUUUCACAAAACACCUGAGAGAAAGAGGUUCUCAAAAGAAGAGUGGGAGCAAUUCACCAAGGAGAACACAAGAGAAGCUUUGAGGGAGCUUGUAUCGUCACCCGAUUUUAACAAGUGGGCUAUGGAUAAUGCUGAGAGGAUAACCUUGACACCGCCGAAUGCGAACAUUCGUCAGAGGAAGCAGCGUCGUUUCCUAUGGUUUUAGGCUUCAUGGUAAAGCAGCAUCGUUUCCUAUGGUUUUACGCUUCAUGAUAUGCUUGCGCAAAGUCAUUGAAGGAGUUUUUUCCCCAGGGCUACCGCGGAGUAUCUGGUGCUUGUUGUAAACUUGUGUAACAUGUCCACUUAUUUACUUGGUAAAGAUUGGCAAGAUCCAUUUUGAUGAAUGUUGAAAGCUUGGAAGAUGUUUAAGUUACUUAGGUUAGGUCAGUGCGGAAUAUAUUAAUACCAGCCUAUUUACGUUGUAUGUAAGUGAUUAUGGAAUAUGUUAGUGUUAACUGAUUUUAAAUGGAGUCGUGGAAGAUCUCAACACCAACUCACUUAAGAGUGAGAGUGUAGUAUUAGGUGAUU